AUGGAAAACCAUUUUGAAAGUUUUCAGCUUUUUUUUAAUUUACCUACACAGCUUUCUUCUUUAUAUCAUCAUACAAUUGAUCAUGAUCGUAUCUUUAUUGAAGAUUAUAAAAAUCUUCACCAAUUUAUUUAUCUUAUUUUCAAGUCUAAAUUGAUUAAUGAAAAUUGGCAGAAUAUAUAAUUAUUUUGAAUUUUUACUGCCUUGCUUAAUAUUAAGCUCUUUUAUUAUUUUUUAUAUAAAUACAUUGUAGCAAAAAUGCUAGUAAAUUAUACCAUUUCAUGCAUUCAAUCUUUGAGAUAAAAUAAUAAUUUCGAAAGAUGCAGAUAAAAAAGAAAACGCUUAA